ACACGUAUAAAAACACCAUAAAGGGUACCAUCUUUUUUCUAAUAUCUCUGGUUGUCAGGCAAUUUUCUCGUUUAACCCUAGGGGUGGAAUUGGAAGAAUCGGUGCGCGACUUUGGUCUCCUUUCAGGAACAGGUCGGCUUAACAAUGGAGAAAAACGACACAGGAUGCCAAGCCGCUCUAGAAGCUCCAGUCCUUUGUGUCAACAACUGUGGAUUCUUCGGCACCUCAGCAACCAUGAACAUGUGUUCAAAGUGUCACAAAGACAUGAUCUUGAAGCAAGAAGAGGCUAAACUCGCUGCAUCUUCAAUCGAGAGCAUCGUCAAUGGACAAAACAUCGACAAAACAUCUGCGGUGCUACCCAAUUCAGCAGGGUCGGAGGUGGCUCUAUCGACCCAACCGUCUUCCGCACCACAAGUUCAAGCCGAGAGCAGUGAGAAGCCGAACGAGGGUCAGGGCCAAGGUCCUUCUAGAUGCACAACAUGCAGGAAACGUGUGGGUUUAACUGGUUUCAGUUGUCGAUGUGGGCAUGUUUUCUGUUCUGUUCAUCGGUACUCCGACAAGCAUGACUGCCAGUUUGACUACCGGGCCACUGCAAAAGAUGCGAUAGCUAAAGCUAACCCUGUGGUGAAGGCGGAAAAGCUUGACAAGAUAUGAAGCAGUCGAGAAACACAUGUUGGUUUGUUAUAGUUGCUUUAUAUGGUUCUGGUGUGUGGUGACUGAUGAAAUGAUAUUUAGGGUGGCGUGGCCUUUGCAUACCAAUGAACUCUUGCAUCUUGUUUUAUCAUCCGAGUUUAUGUCAAAGUGGUUGUCUUAUGCUUUGGUUUGAUUGA